ACACACACACAGACGGCGGCAGAUGGCGGUGGCAAUGGAGAAUGAUUGCGGGCGCGGCAAAGAAAUGGCUGGAUUUUUGAUUAAGAAUCACUUGGAACAACUCCAAAGUAUUAUCCUCUCCCCUGAUCCCCGCAUUCACUACCCUCUCCAUGUUGAUUUUGCUGAGCUGAUGGACGAAAAUCCACCAUUAGCGCACCUCAUUUUCUCGCAGCCCACCGAAUAUUUACCCCUUUUUGAUGAAUCCACCAUAUGGGCUCAGAAAGUGAUAUUUGAGGAUUACAAGCAAAUGGAAAAUGCUAGUGUGAAGGCCUACGUGCAUGUUCGGAUUAAUGUCUGCGGUUCUCCUCUCGAAUACCCUGAAACAUUUCCGAGUAUUGGACGUGUGAGAGUGAAGCACCGUGGGAUUCUUCUCACUCUCAAAGGCACAGUAAUUAGGUCUGGAGCAAUCAAGAUGAUUGAAGGCGAGACGAUUUUCGAGUGCCGAGUAUGUAAACACAGGUUCAAAGUUUAUCCAGAGGUGGAAACCAGAAACUCUAUAUCUCGACCAACAUUUUGCCCUUCUCAGAGUUGUGAAAGCACACGGUUCCAGAUAGUAGAAGACAAAAAGACAUGUCACGAUUAUCAAGAAAUUAAAAUUCAAGAAAGCACACAGGUCUUAGGUGUUGGAGCCAUCCCUCGUUCAAUUCCUGCUAUUUUGAAGGAUGAUCUCGUCGACAUAGUUAAAGCGGGAGAUGAUGUGAUCGUUACUGGAGUUUUGACGGCUAAGUGGUCCUCAGAUAUGAAGGAUGUGCGCUGUGACCUCGAACCUGUAUUAAUUGCUAAUUACGUGAGGAGGAUGAAUGAGGUGAAGUCAGAUAUCGAUAUACCUGACAACAUUAUUAUGCAAUUCAAACAGUUCUGGUCAGAUUUCGAAGAUACCCCAUUGAAAGGUCGAAAUGCCAUUCUUCGAGCUAUCUGCCCACAGGUUUUUGGGCUCUUCACUGUCAAACUUGCAGUUGCGCUAACACUUAUUGGAGGUGUUCAACAUAUCGAUGCUUCUGGAACAAAAGUCCGAGGCGAGUCUCAUCUGCUUUUAGUUGGUGAUCCUGGCACCGGAAAGUCUCAGUUUCUGAAGUUUGCUGCCAAAUUGAGCAACAGAUCUGUAAUUACGACUGGAUUAGGGAGCACUAGUGCUGGACUGACUGUUACUGCAGUCAAGGAUGGAGGGGAAUGGGUGCUGGAAGCUGGGGCGCUAGUAUUGGCAGAUGGAGGUCUUUGUUGUAUAGAUGAAUUUGAUAGUAUGAAGGAACAUGAUAGAGCAACUAUACACGAAGCAAUGGAACAGCAAACGAUUAGUGUAGCCAAGGCUGGUCUUGUAACAACUCUCAGCACAAGAACAAUCGUUUUCGGUGCAACAAAUCCAAAGGGACAAUACGACCCAGAUCAACCUUUGUCUGUAAAUACUACGCUUUCCGGACCUUUAUUGAGCAGAUUCGAUAUAGUUCUUGUCCUAUUAGACACAAAGAAUCCGCAAUGGGAUGAAGUUGUUUCGUCUCACAUUCUUUCCGAGGCAGAACAGAGCAAAGGGAGCAACGAUGAAAGUUUACCCGACAUUUGGUCUCUUACCAUGCUUAGAAGGUAUAUUCAUUUUGUGAAAGGGUAUUUCAGACCAAUCCUCACAAAGGAGGCUGAAAAGGUUAUAUCGAGCUAUUAUCAGCUCCAAAGACGAUCGGCCACUCAUAAUGCAGCAAGGACUACUGUUCGCAUGCUGGAAAGUUUGAUACGCCUCGCUCAAGCACAUGCAAGACUGAUGUUCAGAAACGAGGUGACUCGGUUGGAUGCAAUAGCUGCGAUAUUAUGUAUCGAGUCAUCCAUGACUACUUCAGCAAUAGUCGACAGUGUUGGAAAUGCAUUGCACUCCAAUUUCACCGACAACCCUGAUCACGAAUAUGCGAAGCAAGAGAGGCUGAUCCUCGAUAAACUGAGCUGCAUCGAUGAUUUUCCGGAUAUAAAUAUCGACGAGAGGUGAAUUCUUUGUAUAAAUACCUCUCUUCAGACAUGUUUUCACACUUUAGAUUAUAGUAAAACUUAGCAAAUUGUAAAUUAAUGAUCUCUACGUACUCUCAUAUUACUCUACAUCCUUCAUUUUGUUUUUCAAGCAAACUAAUAAUGCUUCUCAAAAUAUGAACUAUAUCUAUAUCUUGUACAUACAUAUAGGCCUCUCUCUCUCUCUCUCUCUCUCU